AUGCGGGACGAUAUUGCUGAUUUACGACGUCAACUGGAGGAAGAGAGACGGGCAAGGGAAGAGGCGGAACAGCGCCAGGAAGAGGCAGAACAUCGAUUGCAACCCAACUCUCUAUUUCGCCUUCUCGAUCGCUGCCACGAAUCUCUGUCACAGACGAUCCGAGUCGAGACGAACGCGACCCUGACGACCCAAGACAAUGUGACUGACCCUGUCAAUCGACUUUUUCCCAAGCGGAUUAUUCCAUGGCUUGAUUUCCCUCAAAUCCAGGAGCAAAUCUGGAAGAAAUUUGAGCGUGCAGUCGGCUUCACCUCACGUCCGCUCUUUCCUUCUGAUACCCAGCUAGACUAUGUCGCAACAAAUGUUCAAGACCGACCGAUUUACUCAGAAGCGACUUUACGAAAUUUCGAGCGAGACACUGUGGAUAACUUUGUUGAAAAGAUUGUGGAGGCAUUACGAGGCGAUGAAACUUUUCUGGAGAUGCAUCUUGACGACGCACCCCGUCAACCAACAAACACCAACCGCGGGAGAGGUAGAAGAAAAGGGAAGGGGAAACAAAUGGGUCAAAGUCAGACAAGGGCUCGCUCACGAAGGCGGCGCAAUCGCCGUGCUGAUCAGUUCUGUGUUCACGUCGUGGCUGACGAGCGCCAGAUACCAGUAUAUGCGGUGGAGUUUAAAGCCCUUCACAAGCUUAUGGUCGCGGAACUAGUCGCGGGCUUGCACGAGAUGGACCUGGCCCGCGAUGUUGUUGAUCAGGAAGGAGACACAUUUGAGUUUCAUACCACCCGCCUUGUUGCCGCUGUUGUCACUCAGAUAUUCUCAUACAUGCAUGACUUGGGGAUACAGAACGGGUGUAUUCGGACAGGGGAGGCAUUUGUCUUUCUACAUAUUCCAGAGGAUCCCACAAUAGUUCAAUACUACUUGUGUAUCCCAAAUCAAGACGUGCAGGCAGGCGAUGAGAGCUGUCUUCACCAGACUGCUGUGGGCCAGAUGCUUGCGUUCACACUCCAAGCGCUGGCCGCUGAAGCUCCGUCCCAAGAGUGGCACAAUACCGCACAUGAACAGCUCUCGACCUGGAAAGUCGAAUACUUGGACCUCUUGCGCGAUAUUCCCGAAACAAUUCGCAAGGAGCCGCCGCCCUCGAAUUAUCAGCCUUCAUACUGGAAACCGAAUCCAAAGAAACACAAUACACGUUCCCAUGCUCGCUGUAAUCCAGGCGUAUCUACCCCGGCAGGCUCGCCAAGUGAAAGCAGUGAUAGUGAUGAGGAUAUGCCUUCGCCAUCCACCGCACCAGCCGCGCGCAGUCGAUCGAGUUGCAGGAAAGGUAAACAACUAUCAACUGGCGGACGCAAACGGGCACAACCCGACCGAAGAACAAAGCAAACUCCUUCUCAAAGGAUGCAGAGACCAUACUGCACCAUGGCUUGUAUCCGCGGUAUGGUCAAUGGGGGUCCUCUGGAUAAAAAGUGCCCUAACUGGCAACAUCACAGCGGCCAGAAGCAUCCAAUGGGCCCGCGGGAAUUCACGCGCAAGCUGCACGAUCAACUUGUCCAGAAUCGAAAUAAGGGUUUUGAGCCGCUACACAUCCGUGGUCGGACGGGGUAUCUCAUGAAAGCGACUCUAUUGUCUCAUGGGUAUACCGUAGUCAUCAAGGCUACAACGAAGGAGAAUCAGCAUGCCCUUACAACAGAAGUUGACAAUUAUCGCAAGCUCCGAAGCUUGCAAGGAUAUCAGAUCCCGGUCUGUUUAGGCGACUUUGAGCCAAGCAUCGCAUACUGGUACCACGAGUCAGGUAAUGGCGCAUAUGAUGAUCCUGAGCUGGUCUGGAACUGGGCUUCAGCGGAUAAUCAAAGACGAAAAUUUGGAUUUCUUCCACAAAGAGCGAGAGAAAGCUCUGAAGUCUCUCCAGAAGUGUGGUGUUAA